AUGUCUGAGUCGGCCUAUACUAUUGUCCUCCAUGGCAACGACGCUACCGGGAAGUCUACGCUCGCCCCCGCCCUGAGAACAGCCGGUGAGGUCGUCUAUGCUCGUGGGGACGAAGAUCCCGCACUCGAGGAUACCCUCGUCGUCAGGUCCUUUGACAAAUUCACGUUACAGCUCGCCGAAGACGACCGCGCUUCCCUUCCCACAUCGUACACGGACAAGGAUGGAAUUCACCGCAGAAUCGUACGCAUCAUUCUUGAUGCUGAGCUUCCCGUCCUCCAAGCACGGCUCGCGAACCGGCCUAGCACGGACAAGUGGGAGUCCGAAAAGGCCCUCUUUUACUUCCGCGCGCGGUUCCUUGAACUAGCUGCGUUCCACGGCCUGCCCGUCGUGGACACCGGAAAGAAGAGCGUCGACGAAACCGUCUCUGAUAUCAUUGCCCUCGCCCGCAACCCCAAGGCCCUCGCGCUUUUCUCCAGGCUUGCCUUGCGCACAAUGACGCCCGAAGAUGUCGUUUCCUUGGCCAAUCGCCGAGCGUCGAUUCCCGGCAUUGACUACGCCCAGCGGGUGGAGGAGAUCAUCGCCAUCGAGUGCGGCGAAACCUCCAUCUUUACACCCGAAGACGUCCGCACGCAAUGCCUUCAAGACCCAGGCCUCGUGUAUGCGCUCGUGAACCACUACGAUAACGCACACGAUACCGAUGCCCCGCUGCGCCUUCGCCUGGUUAUUGAGGGCGAGUCAAAGCAGAUCUACAAGGUCGAGACGCCCCUGACCCGCCACUUUGACGAUUACAUCCUCGUCUUCCUUAAGCCGACCAUCUACUCGCACAGCAAGCAGGCGACGGCGGAGAUUGACGGUCUCAGCGCCAUCCGUGCCACCGGCUCCCGUCUCUUCCUGGAGAUGCUCCAUCGCGCAGGCAUCAGCCACACGUACACCGGUCUGAACGCGCAUGGGCUCAUCUGGGCGCGCAGCACCGAGAUCACACAGAUCGAGACCGUGUACAAGGAGCUCUGUGCGGGGACGGACAAACAUUCCUUCUUCGGUAUGGUCAACGACCCCAGUGUGACCUUGCCAACGGGCCAGUAUAAGCGAGGGCCAUACGUCCGCUUCGACUGGCGGAACCCGAAUCACACGUACAAGGGAGUCAACCCUGCGACACACCCCUUCUACCACCUCAUGGAGGCAUCCGUCGGCAAGGAUGUCUUCUACGACCGCUUCCUCACGGCACGUGCAACGCCGUUGGGGGACAAGUGUGUGCCGGAGGAGCUCGUGCACGGCGUCCAGGCUGUCGAGGCGUCCGUGGACUGGACGAUCCGCAUCUUCUUCACGAUCCAGCACUAUCUUCAUCAGAUCGGGCUCGAGGUACAGGACGGCUGCGUCAUGCUCGACCCGACCGGGCGCACCAUGUGGUCCGAGAUCAACCAGGACUGCAUGCGCAUCAAGUGGCGCGAGGUCACCAAGGCGAACGGCCAAGACACCUUUGACAAGGACGUCUGGCGCGCCGGCGGCAGCUCCGUGCAAGAGGCCAUCCUCAACAAGUGGACGCGGCUCAACAGCCUCCUCCGCGCGCCCCUUGCGGACCACCCAUUCCACAAGCACGAGAUGGUCGCCCCGUGCGAGCCGUACGGUCUGCACGCGCGGGAGGUGCUCGCGGACAAGACGCUUACCCUCACACCGCGCUACACGGCGCUGUAUGAGCGUCUUGCCGCGCAUGAUCGCUCACGUGUGCGGUCUGCGGCCACGAACGAGGCCGCGUCUGAGCGUCUGCUCGCGCUCAUGGGGGAGCACAUCUGGCAGCUCACCGCUGCCGUCUCGCCUCACAAAGCGCAUGAGGAAGCGAAGACGAUGGUCCGGCUCGCGAGCACGUACGCACGACGAGUCGGGCUGGCCCCGGCGCGAGUGAGCACACUCACCGACGAGGACGCGGACGGCGUCCUUGCACGACCAGCCACACCACCGGGCUCCAAGGCAAUUGGGGUAACGGCGAACAAGUACGCAGACAAGACGGACGUCUUUGCGCUCGCGGAGCUUGGUGUCAAGCUGAUCCGCCCCGAGGGCCGCUGUCUGCGCGUCAGCUACGAGAUUGUCGACGCGGUCCAGUUCGCCAGGGCGUUUGGCGAGGGUGUGUGCGUCCACUUUGUGCCGACCAGGCCUAAGGACAUGCCGGGCCUCCUCGCGCAGGGCAUGCUCGACGGCGCGGUGACGUACAGCUCUGUAAUGGACAACUUUGCGACAGUCGCGCGGCUCGUGGCUUCGACGCCCGACACGGACAUUUCACUCGCGCUCAUCUGCCGGCGUGGUCAGCAGAUUGAUCCGCGCGCGUGGACUGCGGACAGACCCGCCCGAAUCGUGGCCGAACAUGUGCGCAUGGUUCGAACAUACCUUGAACGUCUAGGCGUCCCACCGGACACGUACGAGAUCCAGCGGGUGCUUGGGUCCUCAGAGUCGUACCUUGUCAACGACCCACGCGAGACAUAUCUGCUCUGCGAUGCUAUCAUCUCUACCGGUGAAACCAUCAAAGCGAACGACCUGGAAGUCUGGCAGGUCGUGAAAAGCAAGGGUGAUCUCGUUGUCGGCCUCUAUCAGCGACUGUAA